UUUCCCCUUUUUUUCUGAUCCCUUUCUCUCUCUAAAUUCAUUUUUUUUUUCAGUCUCUUCAUUAAAUACAGUCUUAAGAAACAAAAUGGGAAGAGCUCCAUGCUGUGACAAAAGUGGACUUAAAAAGGGUCCAUGGACACCUGAAGAAGAUCAGAAGCUUGUUAAUUAUAUUCAAAUUCAUGGCCCUGGGAAUUGGCGUAAUCUUCCUAAAAAUGCUGGGCUUCAAAGAUGUGGAAAAAGUUGCAGACUUCGAUGGACGAAUUAUUUGAGACCUGAUAUCAAGAGAGGAAGAUUUUCUUUUGAAGAAGAAGAGACUAUUAUUCAAUUGCACAGUGUUUUGGGAAACAAGUGGUCAGCUAUAGCUGCUCGCUUACCUGGAAGAACGGAUAACGAGAUCAAGAAUUAUUGGAACACCCACAUACGAAAAAGGCUCCUUCGAAUGGGAAUCGAUCCAGUGACCCACGCACCUCGGAUUGAUCUUCUUGACCUAUCGUCGAUGCUCUCCGCCGCCAUUCAAAGCCACCCACUCCUCGGCCUAUCAACCUUAUUGAACAACCACCAAACCACCACAACCCUAAAUCCUGAAUCUCUUAGGCUAAUUUCCACUCUUUUAAGCCUUAAACAAGAAGAUCAAAACGCCCAUAAUUUACUUCUCCAAGCUCAAGCUCAGGCUCAAAUUCAAGCUCAAAUGGAUUCAUUAUCACAACUCUUACAACCCAACGAUAAUGUUAAUAAUACAAACUCUUCUUCAGUAAUGCCCAUUUCUUCUACCUUUGUUGACUGCUCAAAUACUUCACAAGAAAAUCUUAAUUUCUUACCUACAAAUUUGAAUUGUGGUGAGGAUGUUUUGAUGAACCAACACAAUUACAUGUACGGCGGCGAUGGGUCGAAUCCAACGGCUUCGGAAAUUCUCGACAUUUCAAAUAAUAAUGCUCAAACUUUAGGGUUUGAUUCUGUAAAAUCAAGCCCAACGCCAUUGAAUUCUUCAUCUACUUAUUUAAACAACAGCAGCAGCAAUGAGGAUGAGAAAGAUAGUUUUUGUAGUAACUUUUUGCAGUUUGAAAUUCCUGAAGGUUUGGACUUUGCUGAUUUUGUGUAAAUAUUUGGAUAUUAAUUUAGGA